AUGUUUUGCCUCCGCAGCUGGCUCCCGCUCCUCUUCAUCCCGACAAACGCCUCGCCGGCCUUCAUCUUUCUCUUCUUCAUCUGCACCUACUUCCUCAACCGCCCCUGCGUCUACUGCUCCGUCCUCCUCGUCAUCCUCUUCCUCACCUCGUGCAACUGGUCCGACCGCUGCUGCUUCGACCUCAGCAGCAACUGGUUCCUCCCUCGCCCGCCGACCACCACCACAUCAACAACAACAACCAUCCCUUCUUCCUCCAGCAGUAGCAGCAGCAGCAGCAGCGUCGCUUCACAUCUACCGUUCGACCACGACCAUGCGUUCAACGACACGGUCGUCGACAUGCUAAACACCACCGCCAAAGCCGCCGCGCGCGCCGCCGCCGAGGAAAUCGCCGUGCUGAGGAACGAGUGGACCGGCUUGGGGGUCGAGUGGCUGCGCAACCUGCUGGGCAAGCGGGAGUGGAGGAUUGACUGUAUGGACAUCUACAUCAGAUUGUGA